CCUACCUGCAGUUCUAACAUGUCUUCAAACAGCGACCCCGGCGUUCUCACCCACGCGCGCUAUGGGAAGGACAAAGUCCGUGUCCUCCGCGUCGUGAGAGAGCCUGGCUCUAAAGUCCAUCACAUCGUUGAGUAUAAUGUCACCGUCCUCCUCGAGGGGGACAUCGAUACCAGUUAUACCCAGGCCGAUAACUCCGUGGUCGUCGCUACCGACUCCAUGAAGAAUAUCACCUACUACCUCGCCAAAGUCUCGCCUCACAUCCUCCACCCAACCCGCUUCGCCCUCCACCUUGGCACCCAUCUUGUCUCGAAGUACGCCCACAUCCACAAGGCAUUCGUCACCGUCGAGCAGCUACGCUGGGCGCGCAUCGAUGCAGGUGCGAACGGAACCCCGCACACGCACGCGUUCUGGAGGGACGGCGACGAGAAGAAAAUCGUCGCCGUCGAGGUCGACGCGUCCGCGGGCAAGGACGCCCUCGUGGGCAAGGUUGAAGCGGGCCUGCGUGACCUCCUCGUGCUCAAAUCGACCGGGUCCGCAUUCGAGUCUUUCGUCCGCGACGAGUACACCACCCUUGCGGAGGUGAACGACCGCAUCUUUAGCACCUCCGUCGACCUCGUGUAUACCUUCAAGCCGUUCGCGAUCAAAGCCCCGAAAGACGACAGGAAGCUCGAGUUUGACGUCGCAAAUGUAGGGGACGCCGCCAAGAGCGGUGCCCCGUGGGACGGUGAGAACGCCCAAACGCUGGCAAGGAACAUCACGCUCGACGUGUUCGCUAACGACGAGAGCGCCAGCGUGCAGGCGACGCUGUACAAGAUGGCGCAGCGCCUUUUGACCGAGGACGAGCACGUCCAGACGGUCACCUACUCGCUCCCGAACAAGCACUACAUCCCCGUCGACAUGAAGUACAUCGGGCUCGACAAUCUCACGCCGAGCGCGGCAGAGGUCUUCGUGCCCGUCGCGGCCCCAAGCGGGCUCAUCUCGGCGACGAUUUCGCGCCAGUGAGGCGCCGGACAGUGUUGCAGGCAGGCGGACAUAAGUAAGUAAGAGAAUAGGCUGAUGUUUCGCGAUAAGAGAGAUGUUUGUGUGAAGCACUCAGUGC